UCCUAGUUCAGAUUGUCAAGAAAAAUUUGGUUUGAUUAGGUUUUGAAAAAAUAAUUCUCCAAAGAAAGGAAAUUAAUGGUUAAUAUUAAGAUAUGACACAUGUCCGGAAAGGGGGAGAUCAUCCAGAUCCACAUUGGCCAGGCCGGUGUGCAGAUAGCCAAUGCCUGUUGGGAGCUCUUCUGCCUGGAGCAUGGCAUUUUGGCCAAUGGAAGGCUUACGCAAACGCCGCUCGACGACGCAUUCCUGACCUUCUUUGAGUUCACCAGCAGUCAACCAUGUGUGCAGCCCCGUCUUGUCAUGAUCGACACUGAGCCCACUGUUAUAGAUGAAAUCCGUACGGGCUCCUACCGCAAUCUCUUCCAUCCGGAUACUUUGAUCUCGGGCAAGGACGAUAGUGGCAGUAACUUUGCACGGGGUUACAAUCUGAUGGCCAGCGAACUGUUGGAUCGCUCAAUGAAUGCCAUUCGUCGAGUGGCCGAUCGCUGUAGGAAUCUUAGAGGCUUCCUAGUCUUCCGGGCGAUUGGAGGAGGAUCCGGGUCUGGUCUAGGCACACGAAUCAUGGAGAGACUCGUAGACGACUUUGGGAAAAAGAUGACCGUUGUGGAGUUCCUGGUCUAUCCCUCACCUUCAAUAUCCCCGGUUAUUGUAGAGCCCUAUAACGCUCUGUUGGCUGCCCAUUUCUCCAUGGACUGUGCCGAUGUGUCGUUCAUUGUGGACAACGAGGCGCUGUACGACAUAUGUGCAAAUACCCUCAAUGUCCCUGCACCCACGUACACUAAUCUGAACAGAAUCAUCGGUCAGGUGGUCUCCAGCUUUACAGCCUCACAGCGCUUUGGCGGAGGAUCGACCGUGAGUUUCCAGGAGCUGCAGACGAACCUGGUGCCCUAUCCGCGUAUCCACUAUCCGCUGAUCAACUACGCCCCCUUGGUUCCCAUUUCGCAUUCGCAGUUUGUCAAUAUGUCGACGGCGCAGCUCACGGGUCAGUGUUUCCAGAUGAGCAACCAAAUGGUGCGAUGCAAUCCCUCGCACGGGAAGUAUAUGGCAAGUGUGCUCCUUUAUCGCGGGGACAUUGCCCCCAAUGAGAUCAAUACGGCGCUGGAGAACAUCAAGAGGAACAGAUCUUUCAGAUUUGUCGACUGGUCGCCCACGGGCUUCAAGAUCGGUGUGAGCCCCAUGCCGCCGUAUUAUGUUCCUGGCGGAGAUCUGGCGCCCACCAAUCGCGCCUGCGUGGCCAUCUCGAACAACACGAACAUCCGGAUCGCCUGGUGCCGCCUGGUCAACAAGUUCGACAAGCUCUACCAACGGCGGGCCUUCGUGUAUCACUAUGUGGGCGAAGGGCUGGAGGAGGGUAACUUCAACGAGGCAUCCGAGAAUAUCUGCCAGCUGGUGCACGAUUACCUGGAGGUGGAUGCAUCGGCUCCUACAUCGCGACGCGACUCCGAUCCGGAAGAAUAGUGGAGGACCUUUAAAGGACUGUUUCCCUGUCACUUCCUCUAUUGUCGCUGUUUUCUUCUAGAAAAAAAAAAAUAGAUUAAAUUCUUUGUGUGAAAUUC